AUAGCUGGGACGAGGUGGGAGCCGGGGCAUUCACACGAGAGAGGCAGGAGGUGGAGGAACGCUCCCAAGAACCCGUCCCCCCGGCAUUCCCCGAACGGCUCCCGCAGAGGGAAGCCCCCGGGGAAAUUCCGCCCGCCGAGCAGCGUUGCAGGGGCGUGAGAGUGGCUGGUCGGCGAGAAUCGAGCCCUCUUGUCCCGGGGAACACGUGCCGCUGGUUUUAACUCUCAGUCGCUGCUGGGAUUCCCUCCCCGCCAGGCAGGGUCCCGGCCUUACUUUGCAAUCACUGCGUGGUCAGAAGCCUUAAGACUAGCUGUAAAGACAUCAGGUGCUUGUAAAAAAAAAAAAAAAAAAAAAGCCCCUUUUUAUUCUCUUCCCCGUGCAUCUAUCCACCAAGGCGGACGCGGAGCGCAAAGCGACCUUGGUUAUAAACAUGCCCAUGGAGCUGACGCAAAGCCGGAUCCAGAAGAUUUGGCUCCCCAAUGAUAACCGCCCCGCGCUGCCCCGCAGAUCCUGCGGGCCACAGCUUACCAAUUCCCCCACUGUGAUCGUUAUGGUUGGCCUUCCAGCUCGGGGGAAGACCUAUAUCUCCAAGAAGCUGACUCGCUACCUCAAUUGGAUUGGCGUCCCAACAAAAGUUUUCAACGUGGGAGAGUAUCGCCGGGAGGCGGUGAAGCAUUACAGCUCCUAUGACUUCUUCCGCCCCGACAACGAGGAGGGCAUGAAUGUCCGGAAACAAUGUGCCUUAGCCGCCUUGAGAGACGUCAAGUUGUACCUGUCGGAGGAAGGUGGCCAGAUCGCGGUUUUUGAUGCUACCAACACAACAAGGGAGAGAAGAGGAAUGGUCUUAAACUUUGCCAAAGAAAAUGGGUUCAAGGUGUUCUUCAUUGAAUCUGUUUGCAAUGACCCAUCCGUGGUUGCCACCAAUGUUAUGGAAGUUAAAUUGUCUAGCCCAGAUUAUAGGGACUGCAACUCAGCUGAUGCCAUGGAAGACUUUAUGAAGAGAAUCAAUUGUUACCAGGCCAGCUACCAGCCGCUUGACCCAGAUAACUAUGACAGGGAUGUGUCUCUGAUCAAAGUGAUCGACGUUGGCCGGAGGUUCCUGGUGAACAGGGUCCAGGAUCACAUCCAGAGCAGGAUUGUCUAUUACCUAAUGAACAUCCACGUCCAGCCGCGCACCAUUUAUCUGUGUCGACACGGCGAGAGUGAAUUCAACCUCAAAGGGAGGAUUGGCGGCGACUGUGGACUCUCCAAUAGGGGCAAGAAGUUUGCCAGCGCAUUGAACAAAUUUGUUGAGGAGCAGAACUUGAAGGACCUCAAAAUCUGGACCAGCCAACUCAAGAGGACAAUCCAAACGGCGGAAGCCCUCAAGCUGCCCUAUGAACAGUGGAAGGCGCUCAACGAAAUCGAUGCUGGUGUAUGUGAAGAGAUGACUUACGAAGAGAUCAAGGCGCAGCACCCGGAGGAAUAUGCUUUACGCGAUCAGGACAAGUACUAUUACCGCUACCCUUCUGGAGAGUCAUACCAAGAUCUGGUGCAGCGCCUGGAGCCAGUCAUCAUGGAGCUGGAGAGGCAGGAGAACGUCCUUGUGAUCUGUCACCAGGCUGUGAUGCGGUGCCUUCUGGCUUAUUUCCUAGACAAGAGCGCGGCUGAAAUGCCCUACCUGAAGUGCCCCCUUCACACGGUGCUGAAGCUGACACCUGUGGCCUAUGGUUGCCGAGUGGAGUCCAUCUGUCUGAACGUCGAAGCGGUGAACACCCACAGAGACCAGACAGAGGAAGCAAAGAAGGGACCUAACCCGCUCAUGAGACGUAAUAGUGUUACCCCUCUAGCGAGCCCAGAGCCCACCAAAAAACCGCGCAUCAACAGCUUUGACGAGCAUGUGGCUUCUUCUGCUGCUGCCCUGCCAGUCUGUAUGCCCCAAGAGGUGCCCACGCAGCUGCCUGGACAAAACAUGAACAGCUCCCAGAAGCAAUCGUGAUUUCUUCAGGGCCGUUGGAAGCCUACAGAUGAUGCCGACCCCAUUUCAUCGUCAUUUCUGAUGUUUGCUUGUAUCGUACUCCUCCAUUCGACUCAAGGUUGCCCCUUGGCUGCUUCUACCACAGCUGUUCAUCUGCCGACUGGACUGGAUUGAGCUGGGGGAGGGGAGAGAGAGAAGAGCUCAUCAGCCUGGAAAAAGUGGAUUCAACAACAGAUCCAUAGGCCAUCUCUGUGUGUGUCUCCUUGGGUGUUUGAUAUUUCUUAGCAAGCUGUAAAGUGCUUCUAGUGCACUGAGUUUCUGGACUUUGUUUUUGUGUAUAAGUGACAUGACCUUGCAGGGAUGGCUGGUACUGCCCCGUCUCCUCCCGUUCAUGUGUGUAUAUAUGUGGAGGAGGCAGGGUGAGCAGAGAAAUGCAAAAGGGGAGGGGUGUCUUUAACUCCUCCAUGCACCGGACACUCCUUAUUGGUACCAGCGAUGGCCUGUGACACGCACGCAGCCAGUCUCUUCAGGGCAUGUGACCUGACGGCAGAGACAGUUGGGCAAGAUCUUUGGCUGUUCAAGCAGAAAUCUACAGCCGCUUUUAACAAAACAAUUCUACAGCUCUGUAAAUAUCAGAGGGAUCUGCCGAGUGUGUACGUCUGCUUCUGAAACAAAUGGAAUCUGCAUUUAGCCUCGACCUGAGAUGCGCUGCCUGAGGGGAGAUGGUUUGAGCCGCUUGCUGACUUGACAUGGCAGUGAGGCUUGGAUUGGGGGGGAAGCCCCACUCUGCUGUUGUUUGGAUGAGGUUGGGGGAGGGGAGGAGCACAGGCCUAUGUGACCCAAGAGGCGUUUCCUUGUAAUUAAUCUCCGCACCCUCUACUUCCCAGAGGUUUUUACCCUGUGCUUGAGCAGGAUUUACUGUUCUAAAGUAGGUGGCUAGGCUAGGUUAGGUGGGUUUGGCAGACACACAACCCUCUUGGGAUUGCAUGGAGGUCUGUCCGUGAAGAGCAAGUUUUUGUGUGUGUGUGUGGAAAAAUCCACAAUCAGAGGCAUUUAAACAAUAGUUUCUUUUUAUAAACUGUUUGUUUUUGCACUUUACAUGUGGCAGGGGUGUGCUUCCCCCCCCCCCCCCUCCAUCCUGCCUCUUACAGAUGAAGCCUAGAUACUUGGAUGCUGUACUGCGUGAGCUGAAAGAUGAAGACUGCAAAGCAGUGGGUAGUUACAGUGUUAGCUGUGGAGAGGGGAGCAGGGUGGGUGUGAGGUACUAAUUUAUGGACUAGUUGUAGGGACUGGCCAACUUCCAGUUGUUCUGUAUGCGAGUCUCUUCUUGGCCGUCUGUUCUGUGCUUCAAGUUAAGGGAUUUAAACCCAAGAAUAACCACUACUGUGUCAUUUGUGCAGAAGUUUGUGUGCCCGUGUGCGCUUGUAUUAUCCUUGUACAGCAUUUUCUCCAGCCCAGCCUCACUCCAGAAACGGGGAGAGGAGGAGAAUAUUGAAGUAGUGUCUCAUUUUUCCUUGGCCUGCCAAGCCCUAAAUCUUGGCUAGUCCCCGUGCUCUCUUUUGACCCCGCCGCACGCUCUCUCCGGUGCGCGAGUGCUGAGCCAAAAAGCCGAGUGGAGCUCAAGCAAUACAUUAUUGUCUUAACGGUUUAAAGUGCAAAGGAGGUACCCUAUAGUCCAUUAGCAAAGUGGGCGGGGUCCUGAGCUGUCAGCAUUGUACUGGGGAGUUCUCCAUUCUCGUUCAUUUUAUUUCUUUGUAUUCAUUCUUGCUUCAGGUAAUGGUUAGUCGGUGAGGUUCCUGCAGAUGGGAGCAGAAAGGCUCUGGUGGAAUGUGGUUAUUUCUUUGGAAAGGUGAACCGCAGUGCCUAGUGCUUUAGUCUUGCACAGUGAAAAUGCUUUGUACAUUUGUACCUUUUAAAGCAGCACCAGGGAAGGGCUGGUAGCGGCUCUCUCAGCCCAUAUCCGACCAUUGAAGAUAUUUUUAUUGGUGAUCUGCCAAUGUGAGGUUUGUUUAUAUACAGCUAUUCUUGUAAUGAUGAAGUGGAAGAUUUUUGUUUUUGAAUAGCUGAUAAAUCCAGAGUUCCCUUUUUGCCUGCGUGUUUUAUGUCUGCUAUUUAGUUUCAUUCGUUUUAGAGAGACUAAUUUUUAGAGCGUGAGUGACCUAUCUUUUGAACUGCUUCCUGAGGAGCUUAACUUUCUCCCCCUGCCACGGAAAGAUAACGCAGCAAACGCAAACAUUAGGGCCCGUGAUCCAUUUUACACACACCCAAACUUCAAAACAAACUUUAUCUCCGGUUCUGAAAAUAACUUCACAUUGGUGGGGCCUACAAAAAAUAAUGUUAAUCUGUCUGAAAAGGAGUAUGUUUACUUGAAAGGGAAAGUGGUGGAAUAUCGCUUGAAACCAAUCCCCCGAUGCAAAGAGGAGGGAGUUAGGCGAGCAAAGGGGCUUCCUGGGAUUGGUUCUCUGUCCAUCGUGUUCCCCUGGAAACCUGACACCAAUUCUAGAGCAAAUAUUGGGCAUGGGCCGUGCCAUUAUAAGACAGGGUGGGGGGGGCAGAAGGGGCUACUUAAAUCACACCAGUGACUUCGUUUGUUUGUUUGUUUUGUGAGACUUGAAUUUAUUUUUUUAUAAUUUUGAUAGCGAAGUGCUGUUUAUUUAUUUAAUGUAUACUGCAGAGCUUGGAGAGAAGGGUAAGUCUUUUGGGGUUUAUUUUAUUUUGACUUGUGAUAUGUUACUUGUAUUCUGUGUAUAUGUCUGGAAUAAUUGCCUGAGAUGAAAGCUGUGCCAGUUUAAGAACAGGGUAUGCCUUUCAGAGAUUUGUAUAUUUUGCAGUUGCUGGACCAAUAAAAUACCUUGUUGAAAUAUA